AUGCCACUCCAAAAUUCUUCUCGAAGCAUCUUGGACAUUGUGCUGGACAUAAUGGACGAAGGGCCCAAGCCCAUGAAGAAUUUGAAGGCGACAGAGAAAAAUCGCAACUGUGUUGACCAAUUCUGGGACGCGCAUCAAGCGGAAUAUGAAGCUCGUGGCAGGAUGAGUGAGGAUCACGUGGACAGGGUCAACCAGCAUAAUAUGACCUAUCCGAGGUUGAGGAACGAACUGGAUAAAAGGCGAUCUAUAUUAAAGGUGACUAAUAUGAAAAGGAAAGCUUCGGGAGAAUUCUUCUGCGCGAACUGCGAGGCGUGCGUCGAAAAAUGUUUGAAAGACAUCAAAAAGAAAUACAAAAAACCAGCACAAAGAAAUAGAAUUAACAGAAAUAAGAAAAAAUAUAUCGAAAUCAAAAGCUUACGUAAAAAUAAAUACAAAACGAAACGAAAACAGAACAAAAUGACUGACAUCACUUCCGUAAACAGAAUAACUAGUUACUACGUACCGGUGAACCACAAAAUGGUCGGCGUUGAUUCAACAUUAAAUUUGGGAAAUAUUGAUAUAAAAAAUAACGAAAAUAAUAGAAAUGAGAAAAUAAAAGAUAAUAUACAAGAUGAACGAAUGAUUUUAACAGAAAGAACGAAUGAAAAUAGCGUGAAUGAAAAUAGCGGGAAAAGUAUUGACACUAACAGAAAUCCCGACACUAGCGUCGCGUCACUUAGCAGUUAUAAAAGUUAUUAUUCUAUGGAACACGAACCUAUGGUAUAA